UGAGCCAAAAAUUCAUUAUCACAAAACCGUUAAAAAUCCAAAAUCCCUCCAGUUUCUUCUUCCAUGAACUACUGAAAUACUACUCUUCUCUUUCUCUACACUAAAUCUCCACUUCUUUGCGUCUCCUAAAACCCUAGAUUCCCUUCUCUCACAAUGACGAAGGUGUACGGCACCGGCGCGUACGACUUCAAGCGCCACCACGUCGCCGAAUACCCCGUCGAGACGCACCACCAGCUCACCGAUAAGCCGGUCGAGUCGAAGCCCGGAUCGACGCUUCCAAGCUCGAUAACGCUGUUGGAGAUCCAGCGUGACAGACUCACAAAGAUCGCCAUGGCCAACUGGUCCAAGGCCGGCGAUUCUACGGAGCCGAGGAAGCCGUUCGACGCCGAAUUGGUGAAUGAAAUCUAUGAUACGGAGCUGAUGGUGAAGGAAGGGCAGAGGAAGUCCGUUCCAUUGCAGAGAGUAAUGAUAUUGGAGGUUAGCCAAUAUCUGGAGAACUACUUAUGGCCUAAUUUCGACCCCCAGACAGCGACCUUCGAGCAUGUUAUGUCGAUGAUCAUAAUGAUUAACGAAAAGUUUCGGGAGAAUGUGGCAGCUUGGGUUUGUUUUUAUGACCGAAAAGAUGUAUUUAAAGGGUUUCUUGAGAGGGUUCUUCGUCUUAAGGAGGGAAGGGAAUUGAGUAUAGCAGAGAAGACAAAUUAUUUGGUCUUUAUGAUUAAUGCGUUUCAGAGUUUGGAAGAUGAGAUAGUCAGUGAGACUAUUCUUAGAUUGGCAAGUUUGCAAUCAUGGCAUAGUUUAUCCUACGGUAGAUUUCAGUUGGAGCUUUGUUUGAACACGGAUUUGAUCAAGAAAUGGAAGAGGAUGAUAAAGAGAGAAGCCAAGGAAGUUGCGAAGCGAGGAGAGCCUUUUGAUCCCUUAAACAGGCUUGAAGCAAAGUUUUUGAGGAAUCUCAUUGAGGAGUUUCUAGAGAUACUUGAUUGCAAGGUUUUCUCCUCGGAACAGUUUAUCGAUGGAGAUGAUAUGCAUAUUAAUGCUGAUGGAUUAGCACAGAUUGAUGAUGCCUGUGUCCUAUACUGUGAACGAUUUAUGGAAUUUUUAAUUGACCUUCUGAGCCAACUGCCAACGAGAAGAUAUUUGAGGCCUCUUGUUGCCGAUGUUGCUGUGGUAGCCAAAUGCCACUUAAGUGCUCUUUAUAGGCAUGAAAAAGGAAAACUCUUUGCACAACUGGUUGACUUGCUGCAGUUUUAUGAACGUUUUGAGAUUAAUGAUCAUGUCGGGACACAAUUGACUGAUGAUGGGGUGCUGCAAUCUCACUAUGACCGCCUGCUAUCUUUUCAACUACUUGCUUAUAAAAAGGUUCCCAAGUUAAGAGGGCUUGCACUGUCCAACAUUGGUGCAAUAGGCAAGCGCAAUGAUCUAUCUAAGAAAUUAUCUGUACUUUCUCCGGAAGAACUGAAGGAUUUAGUUUGUAGCAAG